AUGCAGUGCGACGAUGUUAUUUGGGACAUUAUCGGAAACAAACAAUUCUGCUCUUACAAAGUCAAGACCAAAAGUCAGAAUUUUUGCCGAAAUGAGUACAGCCUCACUGGACUGUGCAAUCGCUCGUCCUGCCCCCUUGCCAACAGUCAGUACGCCACCAUCAGGGAGGAGAAAGGUCAGUGUUUCCUGUAUAUGAAGGUGAUUGAGAGGGCAGCGUUUCCAGCCAAAAUGUGGGAGAAGGUGAAAUUGAGCAGAAACUAUGAGAAGGCUCUGGAGCAGAUUGACGAGAACCUGAUCUACUGGCCUCGCUUCAUACGACACAAGUGCAAACAGAGAUUUACCAAGAUCACACAGUACCUCAUCCGCAUGCGAAAGCUGGAGCUCAAGAGACGGAGGAAGUUGGUGCCGCUGAGCCGAAAAGUGGAGCAGCGAGAGAAAAGAAAAGAGGAAAAAGCCUUGAUUGCAGCACAACUGGACAACGCCAUCGAGAAGGAGCUGCUGGAGAGACUCAAACAGGGAACGUACGGAGACAUCUACAACUUCCCAGUGCACGCCUUUGACAGAGCUCUGGAGCAACAGGACGAGGAGAGCGAGGCUGAGGAAGAGGAGGAGGAGGAGGAAGAUGAUGAGGAUGUGGGGAAAAAGGAGUUUGUGGCAGAUGAGGACGUGGAGGAGAGCGACCUCAGUGACUUUGAGGAAAUGAACAAACUGCGAACAAGCAGCGAUGAAGAGGAAGAAGAGGAAGCAUCGAGUGAGGAAGAGGAGGAGGAAAUGGAGACAGAACUACAGAAAGACUCUGGACAAAAACCAGAGAGGGAGAGACCGUCCAAGGGAAAAGGUCCGGCCAAUGGUGCUGCCCCCCGGAGGAAACGGGCGUAUGUCGAGAUAGAGUAUGAGCGAGAGACUGAGCCUACCCCUAAGAGCCGGAACACGUAA